UUGGCGUUAGCAACACUGGCCAUAUCGUGGUUUACUUUUUUACGGAACGCAAAUACAUUUUACGGAUAAAAAGGAUGAGUUCGGGCUUUGUGACUGAGGCAGAGGCCGCCGAGCAGCGGCAGCGACGCCAGGAGGAGUGGGAGCGUGUCCGCCAGCCGGAUGAUCCCGAGGAACGGCCCGAGGAGCCCUACGACGGACGCUCCCUGUACGAGCGCCUCAAACAGAAUAAAGAUAAAAAGGACAUGGAGUACGAGGAGGCCCACAAGCUGAAAAACCUGAUACGCGGCCUGGACGACGACGAGGUGCAGUUCCUGGAGCUGGUCGAUGCCCACAAAAUGAAUGCGGAGCGUCAGCAGAUGCGGGACGAGGAGCUGGAGCUAAAGGACUUUCGCAAUCGCGUCGAGAAGCUGCAGGAGGAGAGUGUGGACAAGAAACUGCAGGCGGAGCUCAAGACCACGGCCAAAUCCGCUGGCGCUGCGGCUGGACGCAGCACUCAGAAAUCCCUUCUAGGCAUGGGCAUCAAGCGGAAGAACGGAGAGCUGCCCACCACCAGCAGCAAGGUGGUUAAGGUCGCCGAGGAGGAGGCCACCAAGGAACCAGAGGCAGAGCAGACAACGAACACCACGCUAACCACAAACAGAUACAACCAGGGAGCCCUCAAGUGCAUCGCCGUGCUGCCCGGCAUCGGUUCCUACACAGAGUCCAGCGACUCGGAGGCCAGCACGGAUGAGGAGGAGCCCGAUCUGUGCAGCCGGACCGACCUGUGCGGCCGCAAGAUUCCCAAGAAGAAGCAGUGCGCCGAGUAGGAUCAACUUUUUAUUUGGAUUCUUAAUAUGUAGUUUCUUUCCUUGCAAGAGAAUAUAGCCUAGAGUGUAAACGUA